CACAAAAUGAAUAUUGCCGAGAGAUUGCAGAAGGAAGCCGAAAAGAAAAGAUUACAAUAGGAAGAAUAGUUGAAAGUAGGCAAUAAGGCCAUCAAGGAGAAAUAUGAAGUGGAAUAUUAGGAAAACAAAAAUAAAUUGAGUUAGGAAAUCAAGCAAGACAUUAAAUUAAUCUCUCAAUAGUAUCCUAGUUUCUAAGUAAAUUCAAUUUACAAUUAAAAAGAAAUUUGCUUUGUACAAAAUUUAUAAGCAGUUCGAUUUCAAUAGAGAGAUUGCAAAUGAAUUCAUUAGCAUUUAAAUCUAAAAUCAAAAUUAAUAAGACAAUGGCGAUGAUGAUUGGAUUGAAAUAACUAGCAAAAGGAAAGCACUCUUUCAUAAGAUGACCAAAUCAAGUGAAAAUAAUCAGAGGCCAAAGAGAUCCUAAUCCGUGACUAAUAAACAAGAAUCGGAAAAUAGUCAAUAAAGACAACCUCAUUAAUAUGAAAAUAAUUAAAGAACUUAAAGAAGAAACGCCUCAGGGGAUCGAAAGAGAGAAGUUUCUCCAAGAAAAUUCAACUAUCAAAAUAGGAAAUAUGAAAAAUUUGAUAAUGACAGAAACAACAAAUCAGAUGGGCGCAGAAAUUAAUAAGGGAAUUAAAAAUACAGUACACCAUUUCAAAAUACGUAUUAACCUAAAUACAUCUAUGUACCAAAAUACUAAAAUGAUGACGAUUGUCCAUAUGUGCCUAAAUCAGUCAUAUAUUAGACUUAAAAUUAAAAUUAAACCGUUCAUCACCAGAAAUAACAAGAAUAAAAUAAAAUUAAUGGGAAUAAUGAAAAUACAGAAAAAAGUAAUUAAUAACCAAGUGAAGAUUAAUCUAAACAAGAUAGAUCUUCACAUAAAUUAAAUUAAAAUUAAGAAGCUCUGACACAAGAGAAACUUAAAUAAGAUUCGCUUAAAUAAUAAUAAUAAGAGCAAUUAAGAUAAGAAUAAUUAAAAUAAGAAUAAGUAAAAUAGGAAUAGAUUAGAUAAGAAUAACAAAGACAAGAAUAAAUUAAAUUGGAAUAAAUAAAGCAGGAGUAAAUUAGAUAAGAUCAAAUAAAAUAAGAAAAGUUAAGAUAAGAAUAAUUAAAAUAAGAGUAAAUUAGAUAAGAAUAAUUAAGAUAGGAAUAAAUUAGAUAAGAAUAAUUAAGAUAAGAAUAACUAAGAUAAGAAUAAAUUAGAUAAGAAUAACUAAGAUAGGAAUAAAUUAGAUAAGAAUAAAUUAAAUUAGAUUAGCAAUAAAAAUAACAAUAACAACAAUAACAAUUGUUAAAUUAACCAUUAUAAUUCAAUUAUUAAAAUUAAUCUCUGUAACAAGAUUUAUCCUAAUCAUAAACUAGUAAAUAACAGGUUAUGAGUUCGAUGUUUGCUCCUUAAUUUUAGAUAGCUCCUUAAGGAUUUAUGUAGUAAAAUUAGGAUCAAUAAGGCAUUAACAAUUAGCCUUCUGUCUAUGAUAUGCUUAUGAGUUAUAUUAAUUAUGAAUGAGG